AUUUGUCUAUGUUGCCCAUAGAUAAUAAGUCUUUAUCAUCUAUAUCAAAAAAUAAAAUAUAAAUACAUUUUUAAAAAAAAAGAGAUUGCUACAAUUUGCAUUUGUAUUUCAAUUGGAGACACUUCUAAAGUCUAAAAUGACCAUAGGUUAAGAAAAGACUAAAUUAUUUUGCAUAUUUUGAGUUGUGUGGUACCGUUUUCAUUUCGAUACACUUCUAUUACUUUUUGUAGCCAACAUAAAGAGUAAAUGUGCUUUUGAUAAGUAAUCAGUAAUCACAUAAAAUGAGAAACAGAAGUGAGCAAAAACAUGUUACAUUUGAGCCUUUAACUAUGGAAUUUGAAGAGAGAAGUAAUGAAGAAUAUAAAGGGAAUAUACCUUCAUCAAGUAUUCACAGCAUAUCACCUUUGUUUGUUGUUUUCUUUGUAAUUUUAUUACUGGGCUUGUUUGGAUUGUCUCUUCUCUUAGACAGCAUAUUACCAGUUCCAUUAAAAAGUGCUGACAAGGAGAAGUACUCUGAAAAGUUUAUUGCUGAAGAAGCUAGAAAUUAUUUAAAAGGCUUAACAGAUUUUGGCCCUAGGGUUGUGGGUAGUUAUGAAAAUGAAUUAUUGGCUGUUCAAUAUUUGAAAAAACAAAUUAACGACAUUGUGAUCAAUGCACAUUCUAACAAAAAAAUUAAAGUCGAUUUACAAACAGUUUCAGGAUCAUACUAUCUCGAUUAUGCCCCCUAUGGUAUAGUGAAUGCAUAUGGAAAUGUUCAAAAUUUGAUUGUUAAAUUGUCUUCCAUAAACAAUAACAAAAAUAAAAGUAUUUUGAUAAAUGCUCAUUUUGAUUCUGUACCUACAAGUCCAGGGGGUAGCGAUGAUGGUAUUAAUUGUGCAACAAUGUUGGAAGUUCUGCGAGUGCUUUCCAGGUCAGCAGACGAUUUUGAACAUGAUAUAAUUUUUCUUUUUAAUGGGGCAGAAGAGUCUUUUUUGCAAGCGUCUCAUGGCUUUAUUACUCAACAUAAUUGGGCUGGAAAUUGUAAAGUAGUCAUUAAUUUAGAAGCUGCAGGGGCAGGUGGUAAAAUAAUUCUAUUUCAAACUGGUCCAGGGCAGCCCUGGUUGGUGCACAAGUUCAGCAAAGUUCCACAUCCUGCAGGACAAGUGACAGGGGAAGAAAUAUUUCAAAAUAAUUUAAUUCCUUCAGAUACAGACUUUAGAGUGUUUAGAGAUUUUGGUGGGGUUGUUGGCUAUGAUAUGGCAUUUGUAAGAAGUGGAUACAGGUAUCACACCAAGUAUGAUGGUUUUGAUAACAUUCCACUUGGGUCAUUUCAACAUGUUGGUGAUAAUGUGCUGUCAUUAAUUAAAAAUUUGGUAAACACUACUGAAAUUGAUAAUUUAGAAUCCCAGGAUCAAACUAAAGUAGUUUAUUACGAUUUUUUUGGUCUUUUUAUGAUUGUCUACACAAUAAACGUAGCAACUUUAUUAAACUACUCAACUGCUCUUUUAUGUCUCAUAGUUGCCUUCAGAUGCUUUUUUACUUUGGGACUGCGACUCAAUAAAGAAGACUUAUUAUAUAUUUUGAUAACCAAAAUGGGGAUCAUUGUGGGAUGGUUACUUGCAAUAGGAUUUACUGUAAUUUUGGGAAUUCUACUUGAUUAUUUGGGUUACACUAUGAGUUGGUAUAGAAAUCCCUGGAUUAUACUAGGUCUUUAUGUAGUACCCAUUUGGGGUCUAUGUUGUGGAGUUAUAAUAAUUGCAAACAAAUACUCAUUUAAAGAAAAUAAUUCAAUUGCAGCACAUACUCAAGUUCAGUUAAGUUGUGUAAGAUUGAUAUGGUGUGUGCCUCUUGUGAUUGGUACCUUUUUUAAUAUUAGGGCUUCGCAUAUAAUCCAAAUACCUUUGGUUUUUAAUAGUUUAGUUUUUGCUGUUAUACAUUUUUCUAAACUUCAGUACUCUGUUAGGACUUGGCAAUUUUUACACCUGAUAAGCACUCUAAUUCCUGUCUGCUAUUUAAUGUACACGAGUGUGAUUUUAAUGACCUUUGUCAUUCCUAUUACUGGAAGGUUUGGUAGUAAUAAAAAUCCGGAACUGUUUGUUGGUUUCGCAACUCUAAUUCUUUCCGUUUUAAUAAGUAGUUUGUUUGUCCCUUUGAUAACCCUUGUUAGAAGUCCAUUAAAAGUAUUUUAUGGGUUUUUAAUUACCUUUUUGGCAUUUUUUGGACUUGUUUUUACUCCUCUGGGAUUCCCAUACAGUGGAGAUUUUUCUUCUCCAGCCCCUCAACGUUUUUGGAUACAACAUACUGGAAGAGCAUUUUAUAACAUAAACGGAACCGUUUAUAAACAAGAUGCUGGAUAUUUUAUCGUAAAUUUGGACAGAAAUUCUCCAAGAAGUGUUGAAAAUUUUGUGGAAGAUGUCAAAAAAGCUCAAAGUGUUAACACUUUGUCUGAUAGCGAAUUAUUUUAUGGAAUGCCCAUAUUACACCCACGAGCUAUUGAAGUAUUAAGUAAAAGUAGCUGGAUUUCCGCUGAACAGCCAAUAAUUCAAGAAGAUGUGCAACUAAUCAUACAAAACAAAGAAAACAUAAGUCCAACAUUAGUAAUGCUCAAUUUUUCUGCUUCAGGACCAACUCACAUGACUAUCUACUUUGCUUUACAAUUGGGGGUGGCGUUAAAAAAUAUUAGUUUGUCUUCAGAAAUAAAAGAGGGACCUAAAUGGAAGAACCAGACGACUUAUUUCAUAAAUUAUGCUUGGGGGAUUGAGAAAAGGCCUUUAAAUUUUUCUAUGCAUCUCCAAGUACCCCAAAACUGGAAGCAUUCGAUUUUAGAUAUUGCAGUUUUGGGAAGAUAUGUCCACGAGGUCAAUAACGUUAAAACACCUCACUUUAAACAAUUUCUGGAAGAAUUUCCAGAUUGGGCUGAUCUCACACCAUUUUUGGCAUCUUUCAAAAUGUGGAAAUUUUAAUGAUUUGGCUUUGUGAUUAAGAAUAAAAUAUUAUUAAUUAUAGGAAUGUAUUUAAUUAAGAUGAAAUGUUUAUUUUUAUGAGAUUGUCUAAAGUCUGCGUUUGUAUGUAUUUGUGGUGUUAGAAAUAUACUUUUUUUAUUU